AUGUCAGAACUUCACAAGCUGAUUUCGGGCCACAACCUCAAUGUCAUGUUCCAAGACACUCGCAAAGAAGAUGCCAUGAUCGCGGCUGUAGCCGCGCCAAGGGGUGCAAACACCACAGAAAUGCUUGCGUUCCAAGCGCAUGUGAAAGCGAUGUUGAAGGAUGGUGGGUAUUACGCCUUGCCGACAAGCAUCCUCCCCGAUGGGUCAACCCAAUACCUCUUGGUCCAGUUCGUAAGCAGUAAGCCUGAGGCAAAAAAGUAUAUGGAAAAGAUUCUGCAAUGGGGUCAGGACAUGUGGCAUGAGCAAGCAGCUGUCACCACUUUAGGGUCUGUGGUUGUGCAACCCCAAGUCACGUUACUGGAUGACAUUCCCAGUGAUGCCUUGGUGCCUCUUCCUGCAAAUGCGACCGCUUCAGUUGGAACUGUGGGCACGAUGGAGCCCGUUUCCAUCGCAGGCUUAUUUAAGUACGGCUUCGAGCAUGUUUAUGAAUUCCAGGAUGUGGGCCAUGUUUGCGAAGUUUCAGAAGAAGCUGUAAACAAUGCGAUUGAGGAUGACGAAGAAGAGCCUGAAUUGGAGGAGGCUCUGUGUACUCACGUGUCCAUCGCUGGUGAUCCCCUCCGCAUGCAAGCGGUCUUCGAAGUUUGCAAGCAGGCUUUGCAAACCGGAUUGCCGCUCGCAGUGUCCGAAGACAGCCGCGAAAGCGUUGACUGGCUAGUGUCCCAUGAUUUGGCAGCACGCACGUUGGAUGGUCGCAUGGUGCUUUUGAGCUCUUGCAUGAGAAAUGUCACACACCUAGCCUCCCCGGUUCUCCUCACCCAUCCGGAAGACGACUCUGCCAACAGCACUUGGGGCUUGCGCAAGAAGUUGUGUGAACAGGGGUGGACAUCUGGGGUUGCGUCAGCUGCGUCGGCCCGCGACAAAAUUUUUAACUCCAAGAACCCGGCCAAGUCUUAUUACUGUCUUCUUCUGCGCUGCUUUGAUGAUGUGUGCCGGUGGGAAGAGCAGCGUGCAUUUUCUCAUUCAGUUCUCUGCAGUGGAUACUACGAUGCAGUAUCGUCCGCCAUUGACAAGGUGGCAGCGAUCCCAAAGAACAUGACUGCCAAGGGUUAUGUCCAACUGGCCAGCUUCUUUCAGGGCGAGCGACAAACUGACCCACGUGAAGAGAAGCUGUUGUUCAGGUGCACAGCCAAGCAAGGCAUUCGGCGGCAUUCUACACGAGUGCAACCGAAUGCAAAGAGAAAGGCAUCAUCCAAAAAAAGGGCACUCGAAGCGCAGUCUGAACCUGCGCCCGCACCACCUCCAAUCGUGAUUGAAGACGAUGACGAUGAACAGCAACCGACGCAGGGUGCACUGUUGCCGGCUGCCUUGUUGACAGAGGGGUCGCUGAGCUGUUUGGGGCACGUGUCCGAUCCCGAGCCCAUUGUCGCAGCAGCAGUGGGGCCACCAGCAGGACAGAGCGAGCCGGCGGGUGGAUCAAGCGCCGUGCCUGUUCCGCCAAUUGCUGCGCGACGGCAGCAACGCCCGCCACCUGUCGACAUCGAACGGAAAGUCUUCAAUGAUGGACAUCGUUUAGUCGUUUCCUUGGUAUUGCCCCAUCUUCGGGCGAUCAUGCUGGAUCCAGAGACUUGCAGUCUUCAGCCCAGACAGCAAGUGCACCGGGCACUGGUGGCUGUGGAUUUGCAAGGGGACAGAUUCUGGGGUGCAAAUGAGACCUAUUCUCGCAAACGUACUGUAGAGGAUUUAGUCCUCAACUUCUACUUUGACGAAGUCAAAAGAGCGCUGUGA